AAAAGACACUAAGAACACCCACUGUACAAUUCAGUUGUUUGUUCACUUCAAAAUACAUACAUACUGCAACAACUCUUGCAAUUUGAAGAAUGGGUAUUGCAGAAAUUGUUCUGCCUUGCACAAUUCUGUAUAAUUCGUCAGUUUUGAGUAGUUCCGGCACCAGAAAACCAUUACCAACAAAAGUUCGUUCAAAGAUUUCUGUGAAAAAUGUAGAAACAUCUAAGAACCCAUUUACAUGGAACUCUAAUAUCAGAACUCGAAUUGAAAAUAAUCAACAUGAAGAAGCUCUGAACCUGUACUUCUCUAUGCUGAAAGAAAAUAUUCCUCCUGAUGAAUACACAUUUCCUUUAGUUGUUAAAGCUUGUUCUCUUCUUAAGGUGAUUAAAGAAGGGAAGCAAAUUCAUAGUCAUGUUUUAAAGUAUGGAUUUCAUGAUGUCUUUGUUCAGAAUGCUCUCCUCUCUAUGUAUGCUAAAUGUGGGCGUAUAGGGAUUGCUCGAAAGGUGUUCAACGAAAUGAUUGAUAGAAAUAUUGUUUCAUGGAAUUCAAUUAUUGCUGGAUACGCAAAGUGUGCUCCGGGUUUGGAGUUAGAAGCUGUUGCGCUUUAUAUUCUUAUGCUGAAUAGAGGAGUUUGGCCAGAUGCGUCUUCUUUUACUGUUCUGUUUAGUGCUUGCGGGUCGGCUUUAGCCGUUAAAGAAGCUGCCCAGAUUCAUUCUCAUGUUAUUAAGCUUGGGUUUGAGUGCAAUACAUUGAUUAACAAUGGUAUGAUUGAUGCGUACGUGAAGUGUGGGUUAGUAGAUGCUGCAUUUGUGUUAUACAAUAAAACGAAUGAACCGGAAGUGGUUUCUGGCAAUGCUUUAAUGACCGGUUUAAUUAGGAAGGGUGACCUUGAUUCUGCUAAAACAUUGUUUAACAAAAUGGAUGUCAGGAAUGUGGUCUCGUGGAAUGUGAUGAUCUCUGGUUAUGUGCUGAAUGGGUUGUGUAACGAAGCAUUGGAUGCAUUUCGCAGGAUGAAGCUUGAGGGGAUUAGUCCAAAUUCCAGAACUAUUGUCAGUUUACUUUCUGCUUGUUCACUAGCUGGAUCACUAACUUUGGGACAAUGGGUUCAUUCGUACGGUGACAGUAGAGGUUUGGUUGGUUCUAAUCAACUUGUUAAGUCAGCUUUGGUUAACAUGUAUUCAAAAUGUGGGGAUAUUGAAAGUGCUCGACAGGUUUUUAAGAGCAUGGUGAAGAAAGAUGUUGUUGCUUGGGGUGUUAUGAUCGAGGGGCUUGCAUUACAUGGGCAAGGAGAAGAGGCUUUGGAACUAUUUCAUGAAAUGCUUAAAGAAGGGGUUAAACCAGACGAGCUCACCUUCAUUGGCUUGUUGAAUGCUUGUAGACAUGGAGGCUUGGUAGAAGAAGGUUUGAAACAAUUCAGAAGAAUGAGUGUGGAGUUCGGGAUUGAGCCGCAAUUGGAACAUUAUACAUGUGUUGUGGAUAUCCUUGGUCGGUCUGGGCAGUUAAAUGAUGCACUGAAUAUUAUAAAGGAGAUGCACAUAGCUCCAGACGCCGUUGUGUGUAGUGCAUUGCUUGCAGCAUGCAGAAUGCACAAUGACAUGCUUCUAGCAGAAUCUGUGGUGGACAAAAUCAUGGCGUUGGAUCCAAAAUGCUCCUCAAAUUAUGUUAUCAUGUCAAACAUUUACGCUGAUCGAAACAAAUGGGAAGAAGUUACAAGAGUGAGAAGGAAGAUGAAGAGUAUGGAUACCGAGAAAGAACCAGGUUGUAGUUUAAUCGAGGUUGGGGGUGCAGUGAAUGAAUUCUUUGCAGGUGCUUCUUCUGAUCACCCUCGUUGUAAAGAGGUACUUGAGAAGUUGGAGGAGUUAAUGAAACGGAUCAAAGAUAAUGGCUAUGUUCCUGAUACAGAUCUUGUUUUGCGUAAUAUCCCGCAUGAAGAGAAGGCGAGAGAUCUUUAUUUCCACAGCGAAAAGUUGGCUCUUGCCUUUGGGAUCAUGGAAACUCCUCCAAAAACCCAGAUAAGAAUAGUGAAGAACCUGAGGAUAUGCAAAGAUUGUCAUUCAGCAAUGAAGUUGAUUGCCAAGGUUGAAAGAAGAGAGAUUAUUAUAAGAGACCGUAGUCGGUUUCAUCAUUUCAAGGACGGUCAUUGUUCAUGUCGUGACUUCUGGUAAUUGAAGUGAUCAUCACGAGGUUUAGUUUAUCGGCUCAUUUUUUGGUUUUAAGCUGUUGGAACAACUACAGCUCUUCCAUGUAUAAGUUGUGCAACAGAUGAACCCAAUGUUAAAAUCUUAUUUAUUCUGUUAAUGACACUGGAGACUUGGAACAAAUUCAGUCAUAAGAGUUGUUAGUUGAAGAGAAGAAACCAGUUUGACACUGUUUGAUCUGGAAAUUAUGUUCUCAACUCAAAUACCUAUGCGCAGCCUACAAGUCUUGUGAUCAGAUCACCUUAACACUCUGUCAGACUGCACCCCAUCUGCAGAUUCUGAAACUUAUUCUGUGCUAAUCCAGAACUCGAAAGCUGCUAAAACAUUAAUGGAAGGAAUAGUUGGAAUUGCUCAAGGAGAAUUGAAUCAGCCUGCAUACAAGGUUUCCAGUAUUCUUAAAAAUUCUAUAGCGAUUUGAGAACAGUUUUAAAACGAAACACAUCAAGGAUAUAUACUUAGUACCGUAGCCAAAGUGCAGAUCAGACUAUAAGUAAAUACAACAAAAACUUGUUAUGGAUCAACACUUGGAGUAAAUGUUAGCAAAAGUUGGUAUGAAUUUGGUUUAUGUCACAGCAAGGCAGAGAUUGUGUUGUUCUUUUAGCUCCCAAUUUGACCCUUAUAGAACUGCAACACUUUAGGGUGUGUUUUGAUUUUUGAUGAACUGAAACCAGACAUGUAAAGACCAUCCAAACUCCUAACCCUGGAAAGUGCAACAUAAACCAUCCCACAACCAAAAGCUCUUGAGAGAUCAGUUUGUAAACGGUCGAGAGUCAUUCCUUGACACUUAUGAAUACUAACUGCCCACACCAAUAUCAACGGAAUCUGUGCACGUUGCACUUGAACUUCAUUUCCUUCCGUCACUUCCCAAGUAUCAGGUUCAAUCACCAUUUCCAAGCCAGAGUCGAAUCGAACCUUGGGCCGUAUACGUUCCGCACACCUUUUUUUAAGCACUUUACUUGCAUAGUCCCUAUCAAAUCCAAUUACAGUUCCAACUGCACCAUUCACCAGACCAGCCUCAACAUCUUUGUUCUUGAUCAACAUUACCCUUGCACCUAAACAAAUUUCCAACACAUCUGGCGCAAUCCCUUGUUGAAGCUGAUUCCUCCAAGGAUUAACCCCUCUAUCCACAGCUCUAUAGCUAACAAUUUCCUGACCCAAAUUCUUCAACCUCUCAUUGUUCAAUCUCUUAACAUCUUCAUUUCUCGGAAACAAACGAGGCACGUCCGAAGGGACAUUCACCAAUUCAUUCAAACAACAUUUAUCUAAAAGUUUAAGCAUGUUAGCAUCUCUAUAGCCUUUCCUAAUCCGUUGCAACAACUCAAUAAACUGUGAAUCCGAUUGUCGAAACACCCGGGUAAGUUCAAUCUGCAAAUCAAAACUCUCAUUCCAACAUUCAGCUUCAAAUGCAAACUCUUUUACCUCACCAUUACUGUACUUAAUAAUCGGAGGAAGCUGAAAGAAAUCACCACUUACAAUCAAUUGAAUUCCACCCCAAAUUUCCCCCCUUCUUUUAGGUUUACACAUCUGAGCAAUGUACUCAAUCUUAUCAAAAAGUUCACCACUUAUCAUACUAAUCUCAUCAAUAACUAAAGCUUUCACCUGUUUCCAUCUUUGAGAAGCUAAUUUAUUUUUACAAACCCUACCAAGCAACUCAUCUUCAUCAUCUUCUCCUAAACCGAUACCAGCAAAUGAAUGAAGGGUUUGUCCAUUUAAAGCACAAGCAGCAACACCAGUUGAAGCUGUAACAAAAACUUCAUCAGGUUUAUGGACUUCUUGUUUCAAAAGAUUUACAAUUUGUUUGAGCAAAAAUGUCUUCCCUGUACCUCCAGAUCCUGUAAUGAAUACUGAUUUUCCUUUAGAAACUUCUUCCAGAACUUGUUUUUGUUGUUUUGUUAGCUUUGCAGUUUCCAAUUGUUCUGAUGAAGAUUUACUACUGAAGUAUCUAGGGCUAGAACUGCAAUUUCUGUAAUUGUGAUUUUUCUUGAUGACAUGAGAAUGAGAUGUUGAGAGUUUAUUGAAACCCAGAAAUCUAUUGAGAAUGAGAAGUCUUGAAGGUAGAACUAAUCUCAGAAAUCUCAUCAUCAUUCC